AGGCCCAGGUCCCCAUGACCACUGCCACGUGGUUGGAACCACUCUAUUUCUUCAUAUAUCAUUCAUCAUCGUCCCCAUUGUGGGUGCCCUAAUAAUAAUAUUGAUCAUAAAUAAAAACCUGCAGGUUACAGCUAUUGCAUUCCCAACAUUAUCAACAUAAAGACACCACUUGUGUUUGUUUGAUCCAUAUUUGAAACAUUUCCAGAAAAAAAAACAAAGCUUCUUCAUAAGGUUAAUUUACAAAAGGUUGCUGAUCUCACACAUACCUAAAACACGAAUUGUUUAUACGAACGAUAAUAUAAAUAGUCAUCGCGAUACAUAUAUCAAUGUCACCAAGAUGAAAGAUGGUUCUUCGGGGAUCUUUAAGCUUUAGUGGGAAAAAAAUGGACACUGUUCUUUCCAUUAAAUCCUCUUCUUCGGCGAAAACGUUCGAAAAUACAUUGCCCGACGCGAGUUUUAUUGCGCCUGAAUCUCCACUGCCCGAGGCUCUUACAAACCGCCAUCUUGCAGCAUUGAAGCUGCAGAAAACGUAUAAAAGUUUCAGAACCAGAAGACAGUUAGCUGAUUGUGCAAUACUAGUGGAGCAUAGAUGGUGGAAACUGUUAGAUUUUGCGGUGCUUAAGUGCAGUUCGGUAUCAUUCUUUGAAAUUGAAAAACCAGAAACCGCUGUUUCUCGUUGGUCAAGAGCACGAACUAGAGCCGCAAAGGUCGGAAAAGGGUUGUCACAACAUGCAAAGGCAUGUAAACUUGCUUUACAACAUUGGCUUGAAGCAAUUGAUCCCCGACAUCGCUACGGUCAUAAUCUUCAUUUUUAUUACGUCAAAUGGCUUCAUUGCCAAAGUAGGCAGCCCUUUUUCUACUGGCUUGACAUAGGGGAAGGCAAAGAAGUGAAUCUUGAAAAAUGCGCGCGUCCAAAGCUUCAACAACAAUGCAUCAAGUAUUUAAGUCCCAUAGAGCGGGAGGCUUAUGAGGUUACCGUGGAAGACGGGAAGUUUAUGUAUAAAUUGAGCAGGGAACUUAUCGAUACACGAAAGGGGCCCGCUAAUACCAAGUGGAUAUUUGUGCUUAGCACGUCGAAUAUUUUGUAUGUCGGGAAGAAACACAAAGGCAAAUUUCAACACUCGAGUUUUUUGGCUGGUGGAGCUACAUUGUCUGCGGGACAAUUGGUGGUUACAGAUGGGAUCUUGAAGGCUGUCUGGCCUCACAGUGGACAUUACCUUCCAACCGACGAAAACUUUGACGCCUUCAUGUCGUUUCUCGAGCAACAUCAAAUUAAUGUCCAAACUAUCAAGAAAAGCCCGGUUGAUGAGGAUGAAGUUACCAAUGAAAAAGUAUCCGGAUACGAGAUGCGAAACUGUGUAUCCGAGCCUGAUUUCUCUUCAACUACAGACGAAACCGAACCAAAAUGCAACUACCGCAAAGACUCUAGACCACCAAGAUUGUCAAAAAGCUUGAAGCCAACGGUCACUACACUCGAAAUCCCGAAAAAGGAAGACAUCGUUUUAGCCUUCCAAACGAAAGAGCCCGAGCCCAUGCCUGAGCCCGAACCUGAUAGCUGCUCGGAGAACGAUGACGAAGCAGCUGAGGAACUGUUGUCGAGUAUUCAACUCAUGGCGUCAAAACGGAAUCUGUUUGAUUUCGGGGAAGAAGCGUGCGCUGACCCGAUCCCGAAAGAAAAGAUUAUGCAAAGGAUAAAUUCGCAUAAGGAAACGAAGUCGUUUCAACUGGCUAAGCAUCUUAGUUGUCGGUGGUCAACGGGUGCUGGCCCGCGAAUUGGUUGUGUACGAGACUACCCGUCGGAGUUACAGUUUCAGGCUUUGGAAGAAGUGAGUUUGCAACCUAAGCACUCUUCUUGGAGAUUAGCUUAUAGUUAUAGUAAUGGUGGGCGUCAAGAAAGAAGCGAUAGGAUGACGAAAGCUCAGUCGAUGAAAAAUGUAACCUCGUCGAAUAUGGAACUAUGAGAAACAUAUCGUUUCGAGUUUUCAAGUCAUCUUCAAAAUUAGUGUCUAUAAGAGGGUGAUAUGUAAAGAAUACAAAGGGAUGAAGGGAUUUUGAAUGAUUACUCGGUAAAAAAACCAAUAUGUAAGAGUAGUGGCGGAGCCACGUAGCGAGGAUCGGUGUCACCCGACACCGAUCUAUUUUGUGUGCUAUAUAGAACGUGUAAUAUGAAAUUUCCGAACGACA